AUGAGUACCGAUUUAUUUUCAAUAUGUACCAAAUGUUUGGGUGAUGAAUCACAAAUCAAGAUGAUCAAGCAGGUCAAUGGAGAUGAGUGUCGCCAGUGCACUCGGCCGUAUACAAUAUACCGAUGGGGAAACCGAAUAUCAUCAAACAGUUUACAUAAAACCAUAAUAUGCAUUACAUGUGCCAGAGCCAGACACUGCUGUCAAUCUUGCUUGCUAGAUAUUACUUACGGUAUCCCUACAGACCUAAGGGAUACAGCGUUGGAAAUGGCCGGUCUUGAACCUUUAACGAAAUCCACCAAUCCGACUAAUCGUGAAGUCAAAGCCAUUAUGGCAGAUAAGUUGGAAAACAAAUUUAAAGAGGAAAACGAUAGGUCUGAUAACAUAUUAUCAAUACUAGCUGAAAAACUAAAUAAGCAAGAGAACAAAAAGGAGAAAGACACAGAAACUACUAUAGAUGUGGCCAAGUUGGCAAAGAAACUACCAUUUGGGAAUCUGCUUGAUGUUCAGAAAUAUCCUGAGAUGACAUCGUUUUUCAUAUUUGGAUUUCUGUCGGAUUUCCCACAAGCCAUCAUUUCCAGAUAUGCAUCGCAGUAUGGAAAACUAGAAUCAAUAGUUAUCAAUAACUUGAGUGGCUGUGGGUUUAUUAAGUUUGAAAAAGUGAGUUCUGCAGUGGGCUUUGCAAAAGCAAUCGAUGACAAUGGGUUGAAUAAAAACAAAAAUACAGCAGGACUAUUAAUAUUGGAAAAUAUCCCAAUGAGAGUUUGUUUUGGGAAACAAAAACCAUUACCCCGAACUGCUGCAGAUCAAAGAAAAUUGAAUACUGUAGUUACAAAAGUGAUGAAGCAGUUGGCAAGUAAAGAUAAGAGCAGUUCACCUGUGGUGAAAUCAAAAACACCAAAGAAAACAAAGGUAUACAAAGCCUUACUGGAAGACUACGAGGAAUAA